AUGCUGAUGUGUUCCAAGAAAAAGACAUAUGAUGGAAAUCGAGAUGUGAGCCUUGUUAUCGACCAGAAGGCCGAUGAGGUGAUGAAGCCCCCGAUUUCACCGGCAUCAUCGACGCCAACGACGGGCACGCCAAAAAAGGAUGACGCGUUUUCUGUUGGCACUCCACUUCCAAAUGUACCUCUGGCCGACCCUCCCGAGGACAAUGACAACACUUUGCAAGACAUUGAAUCAAUUCAAAGUGAGAAGGCGAUGCUGAAAAAGAAGGAAAAAGCGAUGAAAGAGAAGAAGCCCCGAUGA